GAUAAGCCAAGCGCCUUCCUUGCGGCAGAUAGUGCGCGCAGAACCACCGAACGGCCACGGUCGGGAAAAAGAAGGAAAAGCGUCGCCGGCUCCCCUUUUCCACUAGUUUCACGAGAAAACCAGGAAGCAGCAGCCUACUCCAGCAUGGCGCGCGCCGUGGUCCUGCUGCUGGCGGUCGCCCUCGCCGCCCUCGCCACCGCUGCCGCCCAAGAAGCUCCAGCUGCCGCCCAAGAACCUCUUGCUGACGGUGAUUCCUUCUCCACAGUACCCACUGCAGUUCCCACUAAAGCUCCUGCUACCACUGAAGCUCCUGCUACCACUGAAGCUCCUGCUACCACUGAAGCUCCUGCUACCACUAAAGCUCCUGCUACCACUGAAGCUCCUGCUACCACUGAAGCUCCUGCUACCACUAAAGCUCCUGCUCCCACUCAAGCUCCUGCUACCACUAAAGCCCCUGCUCCCACUCAAGCUCCUGCUACCACUAAAGCUCCUGCUCCUACCAAUCCCACCGAAGCUCCCACUGCAGCCCCCACUACCCCUGCUCCUGUCACAGCACCCACAGACGCCACGACGCUCAACAUUUUCUUCGUCAACGAUCUGCGGUACCACCUGUUCCCCACGACCAGCGAGACAGCGGCGGACCUCUGCCAGACUGACAUCACAAAGUGCUUCGGCGGCCUGGUGGGGCUGAGUGCGCUGCGCAAGGCGUCCAAGCCCGAGUCCGACGUGUGGGUGCACUCCGGGUUGGCGCUCGGGCACGCCGGCGACGUCAAGGAGCAGGGCGAGGACUACUACCGCCUGCUGAAGCACGAGACGGCCGUGGAGGGGCUCAACCUGCUGGAGUUCGGCGCCAUGAGCGUGGACGCGGAUAUGUUCCGGUUCGGCAAGGGCGACGUGGUGACCAGCAAACUCAACGGCCAGAGCGUGCUCACGUGCGCCAACUGCGGCACGGACCUGACGGAGACCAAGGUGGAGGCCUUCCGGACGAUCAAGCCGACCGGCUCGACCUGCAGCGUCGUGGUCAUCGGCGUCGUCAACAAAAGCAAGAUGCAUAAGUACCUGCCGACGACGACGGUGGCGGACGAGGUGCAGUCCGUCAAGGACGCCAUCACGAAGGCCAAGACCGCCCUCAGCAAGGCCCCGGCACUCUUCGUCGUGAUCGGCGAAAUGGAGUCCAGCACCGUCGACGAGGUCGUGGCGCUGGAGGACGUCAGCGUGGUGCUCAGCAGCGGGACCGUGGCCAAGGGGACAACCCUGUCGUCGAAAAUCACCGGGAAGAAGGUGAGCAGCACCAUGCCCGCGGAGGCGGCCCUGGCCAUGAACGUGGGCAAGCUGUCGCUGACCCUGGACAGCACCUGCACGCCCACCGACCUCAAGGAGCCCACCCUGACGUCCUACCACGCCACGAAAAUCACGGAUGCGACCGCGCAGCCCGCCACCAUCGCGAGCAAGGCGCUGGGCUACAUCAACGACGCCAAGAUCGAGGUCACGUCCGCCAUGGCGCUCUCCGGCGACGCGGAGCCCUGCGGCUACAUCUCGUGCACCAUCGGCCAGAUGGCGGCCGACGGUGUGCACGCGCUCGUCAACGCGCCGGGGCAGACUACGACCGACCCCACCGGCGUCAUCAUCCCGGCCGGCUUCUUCAGUGGGGUGCUGCCCGCCGCCUUCGACUGGUCCGCGCUGCUCGCCAUCGCCCCGGACGACCCCUUCUUCUGCAGGAAGAACAUCACCGCCGAGCAGCUCUACAACCUCCUGGACGACAUGCUGGCCACGCAGGCCUCCUUCCCCCAGGUCGCAGGUUUCCUCCUGGACCAGCACCCCGGCGAGGACGGCAACCGCCUGAUCAACCUGUGGGCGCCGACGACGGGCUUGGCGAUGAAGGCCCUGGCCCGCGACGCGACGCUCAACGUGCCGGUGGCCAUGCCCUGCCUCGCCAUGCACGGCAACGCCAGGUUCGACGCCGACGCGGCCGAGGACACCGGCGUGGCGCUGUCGGACGGCCUCAAGCUCAGCCUGCGGACGACGGCGGCCUCGGGCGCGGCGACGCCGGCCAAGGCGGUGCUCGUCCUGCCCCCGCAGGUGGAGCCCCGGGUGCGGCUCUUCAUCGCGGACCAGUCGCGCGUCGGCUGCGAGGACUGGGUCGGCAUGACCGUCACGUACACGCUGUUGGUCCUGGGGGCCAUGGGCAUGGUGGCGUACCAGGGCUACCAGCUGUGGAGGUUCCGCACCACGCUCAGCUACAUCCGGUGAAUGGCCGUCGAGCACGACCUGCGCACCUUCUUCGACAACGCCGACGCCGCGGCCCCGGCCAUUGCCACUGCCGCCACGGCGCUCUAGGCCGGGGAAGUCCACGGCGCAGAGGAAUUGAGUGACUGGCGCAGAGAGAUUGCUUUAAUCUAGUCGAACGGGGAGGUGCUUGUUGAAUGACUCAGGAAAUAAAUGUCGAGGAGGAACCUACUUUACCAGUGGCUGGACUGAAGUGUGAAGUGGGUGUGAAACGUGAGAUGAGAGUAACGAUAAAUUUUUUAACAAAACAUAACAUUUAAGGUGUUGUUGAAGGCCAACUACCAAUCAAAUCAAAUUGAGUAAAAAUGAGACUAGAGCUGAAAGAAAUAGUUUUUCGGUCUAUUUAUGUAAUAAAUAUUGUAAGAUACUGUCUUGUUACAUGUUUUUCUGUUGUAAGAUUUAAGGUAGAAUAAGUAAAAUAUAUGAAUCAUGUCAAUGAAUGACCCAAACCCCAAUGAAGAUAACAAAAUAAAUGGAACUCCCAUUGUGA